AUGUUGGUUUCAGGGAUUCAGAGGAUCACUCUGUUCUGUUGUCUCGUCCUCUCUGUGACUCUGUUUUUGCCCAAAUUGUUUUUAUCUGGAGGAAAAGAGAAGGUGCUUCUUCAGUCUGAUGUACUCGGUCCUGAAAGUCCUCCUGUGUUGAGGUUCAGACAUGGAGCUUCAACAGGAGAAGACGAUCCGCAUUCAACUGAAUCACUUUGUGCGAGUCAGAAGCCUGAGAUCUUUUCCCAGACAAAAAUCUUUCAGAAAUCUUCACUCCUCUCUCGAGUCCCUCCUAUUUAUGGCUUUGGAAUUUUCCUCUACAUCAUUUACAUCUUCUAUAAGCUGACUGAUAAAGACCAAGUUCCAGAACAAUGCUGCAGCUUCUCCAUCCUGAUCCCCGAACACACAGCACAGGAAACAUCUGAAGAUGAGGUGACUCAGCUACAGACCAGUUCAACACAGAUGAAAGGACAGAGAGAGAGGAGAAGCUCAAAAUCUCUCCAAAAGUCUGCAAGAAGUACAUGUGAAGAAAGAAAACUCCAGCACCUGAGGAAGAUCCAGCACCUGUUGGUGGAGGGACGGUUGCUGGAUGACGUCACCCCUGAGGAGGAAGCUGAGGAGACUCCAUAUUCUGCACACUGGGAGGGUUAUCCAGAAGAAACCUUUCCUUUGUAUGAGGUGCCACUUUGCCGACAUUGGUAUCCAAGUAUCAUCUUGGAGGAGUCUUAUGGAGGUGUUCCUACCCCCGAGGAACUGGCUGAAAGAAUGCAGAGAGAAGAAGAAAAGGAUGAAAUAUAUGAUGAAGAGGGAGACAAGGUGAAUGAUGAGCCCGGUGAAGAUGAAGAUCCUAAAGGGAUGAUGGAUGAGGGUGAACUUGAAAAGAGAGACGAGUCAGAUGAUAAUGUAAAUGAUACUGAUGAAGAAGAUUAUAAGCAGGAAGACAUUGGUGAAGACCAACCAUAUCUGGCUUGUAAUUAUACUGAUAAUGAGAAGACUCCAAAUUCACCAGAAAAUAAGAAGGCAAAAGAAACAUCUGGAAGGAGAAGACAGAUAACCUUCAGUAAUCACAGGCAUGUCUUCCACUAUCCUAAAGGAGGUGCUGUAGGCUGCAGAUACAAAGAAGCUCUAGAAGAUGAUACUAAUAAUGACGAUGAUCUUGAUCAUGAAGAUGGGAUGGAGAAAAAGCAGGAUGAAUAUGAUGAUUUAGUGGUGAUGGAGGAGGAUGACCCGUUGAUGGAAGCUGAGCGUCUGGGCUUCAGCACUCAGUUUGCAUGUGAUCCUGAAGAACAGAACGUGGAUCUGAUCAACUUUCUUCUCACAUAUAAACCUGAAGCUGUGAUUAUGUCUGAACAGUCAGGAGCAGCUGAAGCUCCAAGGCUCAGGAUGCGCUGCAAGAAGCAGAAGGAGGGAAAACUGACCUGA